AUGCCAUCGACUAGAUUUCCUCUACCUAUAAUUGGAAAUGCCUUAAAGAUUUUAGAAGUUGCCAGAGGGGCUAAUGAAUAUACAGAUCAAAUUUUGUACAGAUAUUACAUAAACUAUUUUGAAAGUAUCGGAUAAGAUGUACCUCCAGUCUUUAUUGAUUUUCUUAGUGCUGAAGGAUAAAUUGUUGUGAGUGAUCCUGAUAUGUUGCAAGAAUUAUUUGUAACUAAGGGUAAAUUUGUUGACAAAUACAGUAGGUUAAAGGUAGCAAUGCAUAAACUCACAGGGGAAUCAAUAAUUUUUGAAGCAACUACAGAGGAACAGGCAAUGAAGCGAAAGAGGCUGUCAUCUGCUUUUUACAAAGACAAGAUGACUUUAAUACUUAAGAUUCUGGUCAAGAAGACCUAUGAUUGGGUAAAUAUACUGAAACAAGAUGUCAAAGACGGGAAAAAGGAAAUAGAAUUGAGCAAGCUUGUUAAUGAUCACAUCACAGACUGCAUCUUGACAAGUGUAUUCGGUGAUACAAAGCUAAAUAAAACUUUAGAAUACGAGGCUGAAAAUAGUAGAGAGUAAAUAUCUCUUGGAGUAUUUGUAGGCAAUUUAUUUUCCCUGCUUGUCAGAAGAUUCUUUGGACCUUUGAGAUAGUUCACUUAGAUAUUUGACCGAGUCUUUGUUGGGAAAUAAGAAAAAAGACUAGAGAGAAACAUUGACAACUACAGAAACUUCUUGAAUAAGUUCAUUGAAGAAAGAAGGGAAUAAAUGAAAGACCCUAAUUUUAUUAGUGGAGAUUUUCUCACAUUGUUGCUGAGUGAUGAACAUUACAAAAAUGAUGAUAAACUAAUUAAAGAUGAGAUCAGUACUUUUAUGCUUGCUGCCACAUAAACAACUGCAUCUCUAAUUACGAAUCUUUUGUACUACUAAGAGUUUAUCCCAGAAAUCAAAUAAAAACUAAUGACAGAGAUAGCAUAGAUAAUGUCAAAUGAUAAAAAUCAAGGCUAAUUACCACUUUAGAAAAUGAGCAUAACAUGUGAGCAAUGGAUUGAAAAGCUUGGAUAUGAUUAGUUGCAAGAGAGUUGGCAAUAUCUAUAUCUAGUAAUAUAGGAAAACCUCAGGAUUGAAUCUCCUGUAAGAUCCUCAACUCCUCUUCAAUUAAGAUAAAAAAUGAAUAUUUCAGGAUUUGAGAUCGACACAGACAUACCCAUCCUUGUUCAUUUCCAUUUGCUUCACAGAAAUCCUAAGGAAUGGAUAGAACCAACAAAAUUUAUUCCAGAAAGAUUUGACCCUCUAAGUAAAUACAGUCUUGCCCCUGAUGGGUCAAAGAGAAAGCCUCUUAGUUUCAGUCCAUUUUUAGGAGGGAGAAGAAUUUGCUUAGGUAAAACUUUUGCAGAGAAUAUAGCUAAAUUAGUUGUCCCAAUCUUUAUUUCUGAGUUGGAAUUUACAUUCAAAAAAGAUUAUCAUUAUCAGAGAAAACCUCCUAAAGGAUUAUCAACUGAGGUAAAUGUUCCAAUCAUUUUAUCGCUCGUAAAGAAAGAUUGA